GAUAUGUUAUAUGCAUAAAUCAUAAAACAAUGUUGCUAAAACAUCGUGGAAGGUUCAAGGAUAAACUCUCGUUUGUCUUCUACAUACUCUUGUACACCUACAGUUGUGUACAUUCAAAAUAUUCAAGUAAUGGAAUAGCAUGUUUAAGAAAUGGUGUUAUUAGUAAUCUGCAAUUAAGGCAGCCUACAUAUAGAGUGUACGAAGAAACAUUCAUAAAUAUCAAAGCUGACACUAUACAUAAUGGAUAUAUUAAGCAGAAUCGUAUCUCCAAUGGAAUAUCUGUAUACAAAUUUAAUGACGUAAUCCACCAUGAUCCGAAUAGGACAAACCAGUUGUUUACAUUAGCAAACGACAAUAACAUUAGUGAUUUAAGGGGCAAGGAUCGUCCACAAUUAGCGGAUUACAACACACCUGCUAUCAAAAAUGUUGAUAUCCCCGCAUCAAGGAUCAUAGAUAAUGUACCCGUAGUCAAGAAUGUGGAAUCUUUAGGAAAUAUAAAAGGUACACUGAAAAGUAUAUACAUGUUGUCAUUGUGGUAUGCCGGUACUGUCAUGUAUAACAUAGAAAAUAAAAAGGCGUUGAAUAUCUGCCCUUUACCUAAAUCAAUAGCUGCUCUUCAAAUGCUUAUUGGUAUACCUUAUUUCUUCUGUAGGUGGAUGUUUGGAUUGAGACCAACGCCUAAAAUACAUAUUUCUGAUACGGGAAUUGAGAAGGAAAAUCCACACGCAGAUAUAUUUCAAAGGAUUAAACAAAAGGUCAAGAACAGUGUUACGCGCAUUCGAAAUGCAAUACAAUCUUAUAAAUGUAUACUGAAACAAAGUGCUGUGUUUUCGCUGUUACAUUUGUUAUCGGUUACCGCGUUGGGAGCAGGAGCCAUUAGCUUUGUACAUGUCAUAAAAGCCAGCGAGCCGCUAUUCGUAUCAGCUAUCUCGCUGCUUACAGGAACAGGGUCGAUGUCCCCAAUCACUUACCUCACUCUUCUUCCCAUUUUAGGCGGUGUUGCCAUGGCGUCAAUGAAAGACGUCAACUUCUCACCGUUGGCAUUUGCUACGUCGUUAGCCUCUAAUGUUUGCGCAUCAAUAAGACGAAUUGAGGCGAAGAAAUUCUUUAAACAGGAUUUAUCGAAAAUUGGAGAAAAUCUAGAUCCUGUAAACAUAUCAUCUUUAGUUACAAUAUUCAGUUCCAUUUUCCUGGCACCACUAGCACUAACAGAAGUCAGUAAGUGGAACACUGUAUACAAAACCCUGUUGUAUAAAUUCAGUCAUAAAGGUCUGCUGAAACUUGCAAGACACAUUCUGCUAUCAGGGUUUUUCUACGUUCUCUACAAUGAAGUAUCAUUCAUAGCUUUAUCGCAACUAAAUCCCGUGACCCACGCAGUAGCCAAUACUCUGAAGCGUAUAUUCUUAAUUGUAACCAGUUCUGUUCUAUUCAACACAAAACUGACAAAUAUGAGUUUAUAUGGUUCAGCUACGGCAAUUGCUGGAGCUCUGCUUUACUCACUUAGCAAACAGUACUAUGGUUAAUAUAUAGCAUUCCGUGAAUUCAUGAUUCCAUAGUA